AAUUUUAUUGAAGAUAAUAUUCCCGCCUUAUUUUUAAAAGAUCGGAACAACAAGUCAGCUAUGCCCCUUUUUGUGUGAUGUGACGAACCCGGAAAACGGUGUUUCGGUUACUGCAGUGUGCCAGAUUCGGAUUUUAGUUCGUUCACUUUUCUCAUUCUCACCUUGUUUUUCGGCGGAAUGUCUGUGUCGUAUUUUCCUUAAACACUUUGAAAAUGCCGUUCCGCAUUUCACUACACUGGCAGAUGAGGCAAACGGACUUCGAAAAUGACAAAGUGAAAAAAAAAGUCAGCCUCCAAUUCUGUAUGAAAGUGAUACGUUUUUGUCUUCUUUACUGCAGUAGUAGUAAAGUAGUAGUAUCCAUACUCAUGUUUGUUAAGAUUUCUUAAGUGAGAGCUUAAAAUGGAGGGGGGAGGGGAGAGACACACUGACAGCGUGUUUUCCUCUACAGUCGUUAUUUGCAGAUGCACAGUGAGCUAAAGUAAAAAAAAUACGACUGAUUUCUUUUUGUUUCUUUUCUUGGCAAGCCGUCACGAUCGAAUGAACCUGCCUCUUCGAUUUUAACUUUGAGAUUGGGAGUUGUUUUGUGUGUGUAUGUAGGUACCAAAAUGUUUAAAAUAUGUUAAACGUACAAUAUGUAUUUAUACUUUGCAUCUUCUUCUUCAUUUCCUUUCGGCUUGUCCCGUUAGGGGUCGCCACAGCGUGUCAUCUUUUUUUCAUCUAAGCCCAUCUCGUGCAUCUUCCUCUAACACCCACAGUCCUCAUGUCCGCCCUCACCACUUCCAUCAACUUUUUCUUUGGUCUUCCUCUCGCUCUUUUGCCUGGCAGCUCCAUCCUCAGCACCCUUCUACCAAUAUACGCUCUCUCUCGCUUCUGAACACGUCCAAACCAUCGAAGUCUGCUCUCUCAAACCUUGUCUCCAAGACAUCCAACUUUGGCUGUCCCUCUAAUGAGCUCAUUUCUAAUCCUAUCCAACCUGUUCACUCCAAGCGAGAACCUCAGCAUCUUCAUUUCUGGUUCCUCCUCUUCUCUUCUCUUCCUUCCACAUCCCAAAAACGUGCAGCAUUAAUUGGACACUCUGAAUUGCCCACAACUGUGACUGUGAGUGCGACUGUUUGUUUCUAUGUGCCCUGCAAUUAUCUGGGAGCCAGUUCAGGGUGUACCCCGCCUCCUGCCCGUUGACAGCUGGGAUAGGCUCUGGCACUGCCUGCGACCCUUGUGAGGAUAAGCAGCUAAGGAAAUGAAUGAAUGGAUGGAUAAAUCUUUAUUUGUUGACAUUUUAAAAACUUUGCUACAUUACAGUAAAACUAUUUGUCAUAAAAGGGAUACUUUUUGUUUGACUUAGCCGAAUGGGAUUAAAGUCACCUCCCAUAAUAAUUGUGGAAUUGCACUAACAAAUUAAUUGUGUGAAAACAGUUUGUGGAAAAAGGCUCAGUCAUCUUUACUAGGAGCGGAUAUACUGGACAAUUGUUAACACAUUCACCCCGGCAGCAUCUCAAGUUUUUUGCCCAACUUAAGAUCUUUUUCACCAGUCCUCCCAUCCUAUGCCACCUUGACCCCUCCCCCCGUUCAUGGUGGAGGUCAACUCCUCAGACACUAGGGCCGGGGGCGUUCUUCCACAGCAAAAAAACUUCAUCCCUGUGCCUUCCUUAACCAUUGUCUAUCCCCCACCAAAUGGAAUCACAAAAUCUGCAAACCAAGAGCUGUUGGACAUCAUCUGGGCAUUAGAGGAAUUGUUGAGGCACUGGUUGGCUGGGGAUGGUUUUACCAUUUAUUUUCCACAAGAGUGACCACAAGAGCCUUGCCUACUUCCAUACCACCAAAAACCUUAAGCCCUGGCAAACUCAUUGGGCCCUCUUCUUGAGGCAAUUUAAUUUCUACUUCUUCUAUCCUGUAUCCCGCAACAGCAAACCUGACACCAUGUCACAAAUUUUCUGAUGCCCUUACAGUCCUGCAGAACCAGAAUCCAUCCUCCCUUCCUCGUGCUUCAUUGGAGAAGCCACUUACAAGAUCGAACAGGUGGUGAAAGAGGCUCAAAAGACUCAAACAGAUCCUAAGACCGGACCUCCGAACUGUCUGUUUUUACAUAAUUCUGCAUGGUCUAACAUCCUUACGUGGGCCCACAACUCCAAGCUCAUCUGUCAUCCCAGCAUCACCCGCACCACUCAGUUCAUCCAGCAGCCCUUCAGGUUGCACAGCCCCAGGGGUUUGUCCAAGCCUCCUCCUUCAGUGGCAGAGAAGUCUUCACACCUGUUCCCAGCUGGUCUACUGUGUCCCUUGGCCAUCCCAAGCCUCCCUUGGUCCCACAUCACUUUAGACUUCAUUACCGGCCUACUGCCCUCUGAAGGUAACUCGAUCACUCUUACUAUUGUUGAUCACUUCUCCAAAUACAGGGUUCCCUUGCUUCCUUUGCACUUCACUUUUUGCGGCUUCAGUGCGUCGUGUUUUUUUCAACCCCCCGCCCAAAAAAAUUUAAUAAAAAUAAACUUGGAAAAAUACAGCCAUAUUGGCAUAUUGUGGGAAGACGCAUUGAUACAAAGUGCGGUGAUUGGUCCCCGGCGUGACAUCGACCACUGAGAGCAUGUGUGGAUUUAUCUCGUAAGAUUAUUGGCUGCGCAUCAUCGAAGCCUCACCCUACAACUUCCAUUGUAGCUUUGUCCCAUACUUUUCUUCAUCCUUCCUUUCCACCAUUUUUUUCUACGCUGUCUGCGCAAUAAACUCAUCUUCACAAGCACAAGUACUGUGCUGAUGCAAAAGCUUCCUCCGAAGCACCAAGAGGAAGAGGAAGAGGAAGAGAAUGACAAUUAGCAUAAAAGUAAAAUUUUUGGAUAUGAUCAAACACGGCAGAUGUUACGCUUUUGUGGUACGCCAUUAUGGCAUGAAUGAAUCCAUGGUGCGCUACAUAAAGAGGGAUGAGGCAAACAACUGUAAAACCGCUUCAACAACUUUUAAUUAGGAAGCGAAAUGUGUGGUGACCAUGUGAAAUAAGAAAAUUGUUUGACUGGAAGCUGCAUGAACUUUGUGGAUAGUGGAUUGCAGAAAAAAGGCGGUGAGUUUGAACACCAACAUGAUCAUGAUCAAAGAUGAAGAAGAAAGUGAAAAGUGGCCUUACCCUGGAGAACAUGCAACAAUUGUGCAAUAUGGCAAGGGCAUUGCAAAUAGUGUAUUAUCGGUGUGUACCUCUUUUAUUAUUGAUGUGUAUCUCUUUAUUGAUGCGUAUCUUUUGCUCACAUUGCUCACCCAUGCCAAAUAAUCAGUUAACCUUACAGGUGAGACCGGGGCAUGGGAAUGUGCCAGUUAUUACCACGGUGGUCAUUAUGAAGAUAGUUUGUGGUGCUCUUAUUUUAUGAUGCACUUCUCUUUGUGAUGCUCUUUAUUUGUGAUGCUCUUUAUUUUCCUCUUAUGCGUUUGUGAUGCGGACCCUACUGAAUAUUGGGGAAAUGCUGUAGGUCCUCUGUAGCUUUGCACUUCUGAUCUGCUACAGCGAUUGUCUGUCACUCAUUUGUGCCCAGAAUAUUCUGUAAGUAAAAGCUUCGAAGAAACUGUUCAUCAUCUCCAGCCUGUAUUUGGAUAACCAACAUUCUCACUACCCGAAAUUAAACGAACACACUGAGAGGAAAAAAAGCGUCCUCCAACAAUUGGUGACCCUGACGUGAUUUCGGACUGAGGUGUUGGUUGACAGACAGAACAUCGGCCGGCCAACAAUUGACAGGUGAGAGGACAUUUAUCCUCCAAAAGUGAUCUUCUGUUUGUUAACUGGUGUUGAGGUCCGUGUCACAUUUGAAUUUGUGUCAGUGUGAAAUUUCUGGCUGGUUGAACAGUGGGGAAAUUGUGGGUGGUAUAGUCCUGGGUUAGAGGCCCUGGUGGGACACCGUCGCGUCCCACCUAAAUGGUUGAAAAGCCGUAGAGUGUGUGGGCGUACCACUCUAAGAAGGGUUUAGAAGUGCCCUGUGAUCGGAGGUUGAUCCGACACGAAAAGGUUGUAAAUCCCGUGACUGGCAGACAGACCAGUGGGUUGGAGCGUGUACAAAACUUUCUGAACCGAGAGGUUGUCUCGUUCUUUUCGGAGAAUCCCCGAGACUAGAAUUCUUCAUUCCGAAUCAAAGGACAAAGUGUGCACUAUAAAAAGUUGAGAAGAGAUACCCGGAUGAACAGUGAAUUGCGCAUUGUAAUUUUCUUUUAGGAGAGGUUGUUUCGUUCUUUCAAGAAUCCUAGAAACUAGAAUUCCUCAAAUAAAAUGAGAUUUUAAGAGUACUUUUGAAAAAAAAAAUCAAAGAGGUUCGACCACUUUUGACAAAAGACAAUUUAAACAGAAAUGCAGGGAGAGUUUGACAGGGAAAGUGAGUGGUUUGAUUUGCGGCAAAUACCAAACCAUUCUGAGCAAGUGGUGCUAAGUGAAGAAGUGAGGAAUGCAUGUGAUGUGUUUGUAGGAGGAUUGCCUGAAAAUGAACGAGAGAAAGAACAGUUGAAAGAAUGGAUGAGGAAAUGUUGUGAGAAUGGAUGGCUUCCUCCAAUGUCUUCAACUGCGUGUUUGGUGACAUUAAUGAGGGAAACGGAAAAGGCUUGUGCUAAAAGAGUGGCAGCUCUCAAAUUGGAAGUGGAAAAAACUAACAGGUUGUCUCCAAAAGGUAGAAAGGUGAGAGAGAAUGCUGAGAAAGUUGUGGAAAUGAAAGUGAGAGCAAAGAUGAUGGCGAUGGGAUGUGGGUUAAAGUUGUCCCGUUUGGCUGUCAAGGAAGAGAGUGUUGGUCUGGUACCUUCAACACCCAAACUGCCCUCCGCGCCGCCUCCUUACUUGGAGGAGAAACGACCUUGGGCGUUGUCUCCAAAUGACCCAUGUGUAACACCUUAUCAUGACACCUAACCAUGUAACACCUUACCAGGAAAUUUCAGUCUCCAGUGAUGAAUGUAACUGCCGGUCGACUUGAAGUAGAUGUAGAUGAUCAAAAGUCUCUCACUCACUCACAACAAACAUCAAACAUGAAUACGGUUGCAGUAACUCUGGCUGCUGGAGUGACCGCCGCCAUUAAAGAAUUAGAAGGAAAAUUGGACAAAGUUGUAGAUUUAAGAGCUAACCCAUUUACACGUUUGAAUCAGCUAGGAUGUACAAGGCGGAAUUAAAUAUACACCAAGAGGUUCCACAAAAUAUUAGAGAUCAACUUGAGAGAAUCACCACUAAACAUGAAAGUGGUGAAGUGAAGAACAAGAAGCAGCCCGACUUUAGAGAGAACAGGAAUUUGCUGUCUACGCUCAUAGAGGCCCUUCAAGUGGGGAAGUGGAAAACAGGUUGUACAUUGAUCAGUUACAGAACCAAGUAACAGAUUUAAAGUGUCAUGUCCAGAAUCUUUCAGGUUCCCACCACGACUCUGUUCUGGAUCAAACCGGAGGUCCUGAAGACCCCGAGAAACCUUCCGAAGGUCCAGCUUCUCCUCAUCGGCCUGUGACUCAUUCCCAAAUCUUACAGGCUCCCAUGUUGGCCAAAGUUGAUCCGGCUACUGGUAACUCUGCUAUGUUUUACAAUCCUUUCUCUCCCACUGAUGUGAGUGUGCUGAUGCAGAAACUUGCACCUAUGCGAUCUGGUGGUGUAAAUUGGCUUCAAGCAGUGCAGAGAGCGGUUACAGGACAAAUGCUAACAGUAGGUGAUAUCCGUGUCCUUCUUACAGAAUCAUGUCCACUUUCACAGUUGAAUACUCUGAUGCAAAAUUCAGGUUUUUCUUCUCUCCCCGAUCAUCAGACUCUUACACAAGAAAAUUAUUUGACCUUUUCUACAGCACUGGACGCUUUGUUUCCACUUCCCGAGUGUGUUAUCUCAGAUAUUGUGUUUGCUCCCAAAGCAGAUGAGGAGGCCGCGGCUUUUGUUGUCCAUGCCCUCACUGAUUAUUCUCUGAAAACAGGACACGCUCCUACGGCCUCUGCCUUGCAUUCGCAAGUGUUUUGAGCAGCUAUUUUGAAGGGCGUUCCCAAGUCUGUGGCGCAGGCCAUGGAGGCCAAUCCAGACCUUCCUGGUGCUGAGGUUGACCGGUGGUUGUCACAUCUUAAACAUCAUUUGAGGAGAUAUGCUAAAGAGAAAGAAUCUAAGGUAGACAAACAUAAAAGUACAGAAACACAACUUGCUAUGUUGCAGUUGCAAUAUCUGAAAAAUCAGGAAUAAACCACUCAUGCUGUGAUCUUAUCUCCCUCUGUUGGUUCCGAGUGCAUGAUGUAUCAAGCAGGUUCAUUCAUAGGUCGAGGUGCGCCCCCUGGUGGCCAUGACAUGUGCUUCAAUUGUGGACAGCCGGUCAUUGGACCCGUGCUUGCAGACAGUGACCUCAAGUGUCCGGAUGGAGAGGCAGAAGCAGAGGCCAACAACCUGCACGUGGCUACAAUCGACGAGGUUACAACCAAUCCCGAGAUGAAGGACAUCUUGGACAGCAGCAGCAGCUACCGCAGCAGCAACAGGGAUAUCCCUCAGUGCCAAACCAGCAGUAUCUACCGCCCUCUGGUGGACAGUUUCCGCAAUGAUGGAGCUCGGGAUUCUACUAUCACAACCCUGCCACCUGAUACCUCGCUUACCAGGAAAACCAUCUCACUUGUUGGAUUCAAGGUCAAUCUUUUGGGCAGAGAUCUCCUCAUCGGCACGUGCCCUCUCAUCAAAUGCAGCCCUGAUGGACUUAUCCUGGAAUUUCCGGAUGGUAACACGUACUGCUGCUCUGCCGCCUCUGCCUCUGGUGCCAACUCCCAGUUUCCGCUUGUUGAACAACGCCCUGUGGCAUGCGCCACUGCCGACAUCUAUUGGGUAAGAGUGGAUAUUGACUCCAGUGGUUGGCUCGAGGCUGAGCACUUUGGACUCUCUGGUCACCUUGGGUCCCUAAUCUCAGAUAUGGUAACUGAUUGUAUGCAUUGCACUCUGUACUAUGACAGAUCAGGAGAAGAGAUCUAUAGCGAGGCAUUUCAGGACAUUGAUAACAACAUAUGGGAAUUGAACAUGGGUGAUCUGUUUGUGGGCAAACCAGGUGUUGCCUUUUCGGUGUUUUUGACUCCUGAACAACUAGAAUGGUAUAAGAUGGCGGAUCCUCCGGAUCCUUCUAUGCCUCCUUGUCACCCACAUGUCUCCUUGAUGGUUUCGCCUCAGCACACAGCGAAGGAUCUUGGUCCGUUUGUCCUGACAUGGACACAGGCUACAGAUUGGCAAAAUUCAUUUCACUCUCAAUUGCUCUAUUCCUCAUCCCUUGACGCUUAUUGGAUUCAGUCUAACACAUUUUUGCCAAUUUCUGUUUUGGAGCACAAGCUUCUGGAUAGGCACCAUGGACGUGAAACGACCGACAGUGACUUUGCUGGUCAACUUCUUGAUUCCCUUCCUGCGUUGCUGUGGUCUACGAAUCCCACUGAUGUUGGUCUCUGCAAUGUCUCACCUGUUGCGUUUCUGAUGAAACCAGGACGAAUAUAUGUUCCCCAAUACUCUGUAAAAGAGGCCGGGAUGGUUGGCAUUUCGGACACAAUUGACGGCCUGCUCAAAGCAGGGGUGUUAUGUGAAAUUCCUGAAUCUGAUUAUAACACACCAAUUUUACCCGUUGAAAAGAAAGACACUGGAAAGUUUCGCAUGGUCCAUGACCUGCGAGCAAUUAAUGCGGUUGUUUUAACUCCCACUUUGCCAGUCCCGAACCCUCACUCGACACAGUUCCAAAUUACAUCAGCCCACACUCACACUUGCAUUGACUUGGCUAAUGCUUUCUUUUGCAUUCCUCUCGAUCCUUCAAUGAGGCAAUUUUUUGCUUUCACUUUUUGUUACUCCUACAAUCGCCUGCCUCAAGGUUUUGUCCUUUCCCCCGGACUCUUCAACAACUGUCUUCGUCAGUUCCUGUCUCCGCUUGAAUUGCCUAAUGGAGUUCUCCUGGUGCAGUAUGUGGAUGACCUCUUGGUGGCAGCUCCAUCUGAAACUUCUUGUCUUGAAGCCAGCAGGUCUUUGCUCUCUCAUUUGGCCUCUGUUGGCCUGAAGUAUUCCAAGUCCAAACUUCAGAUUGCCCGACCACAGGUUUCCUUUCUCGGACGACUGAUCUCACGCCACGGCACAGGAAUGUCUCCCUCUCACAAAGACGACAUCCUUCAUCACCCAAAACCAAUGAAUGUCAAAACUAUGCUGGCCUUUCUUGUUCUUUGCAACUACUCCAGACAUCAUGUUCCAGACUUUGCUGAACUUACUUACCCGCUCCGACAGAUGGUAAAUGACCAGGGUAUGCGGAACCUUUCUAAUAUUCUUUGUUGGACCACGGAAGCAGAUACUUCCUUCAUUUCCUUGAAACAGCAUCUUUCCGCUGCUGCGGCUCUUGCGAUUCCUGAUUACAACCGCAUGUUUUAUCUAGACGCAUCUGAAAAGGUCAGCAGUUUGUCUGCUGCCCUUUAUCAGAAGGGGGAAGGAGGAAGUCGACAAGUCUGUAUGUAUGCAUCCACUCCAUUGGAAAAAUACGAGCAAAGACAUCCAAUAUGUGCUGCUUUUGCAUCUGCUCUAGCCAGAGUGAUUCAGAAAACAUCUCACAUUGUUCUCCAUCACCCACUGACUGUGCGAACAUCACACAGUACAGUCCAGUACGUCACAAGUCAAGCAACCAUGACCGGAGGAAGACAGAGGAAAAUUCAGGCAAUUUUAACACAACCACAUGAAGGAGUAAACAUGGCUGAAGGUCUGCUUGAAGGAGAACCACAUUGUUGUGUACAAAGAACUAAGGAAGAAGACUCACUUCGGACUGAACUCUAUGAGACACCGCUUGAGUACCCGGACUUCAUUCUUUUCACAGAUUGAUGUUGCUUCAAGGGCAACGAUGGCCUACAAUCUGGAUUUGCAGUAACCCAACCCACAGAAACAGGUUUUGAAGAAGUCCAAGCUGUAAGAAUUUUAGGCUCACAUUCAGCACAAAGAGCAGAAAUUUUGGCAUUGACAGCAGCUUUGAGGUUAGCAGAAAACCACUCAGUAAACAUUUACACAGAUUCAGCGUAUGCACACAUGAAAGUUCAUGUUGCAUUAAAAGAAUGUCAGCGAAACAAUUUCCAAACUGCAACCAAUACACCCAUAAAACAUCAGGACGACAUUCUCAAAUUGCGAGAUGCUUUACUGCUCCCAACAGCGGGAGCAGUAAUAAAAUGCAAAGGUCACUCUCGAACUAAUGAUUUUGUGUCAGCAGGUAACGAAUCAGCAGAUCAAGCAGCAAAAAAGGCUGCAGGGUACCGACCAACACUCCAACUAAUUGUAAGUGAGUCUGAAUGUGAAAAUCAACAGGAGGUGACAGUACAAACAGUUAAGGUGUGGCAGGAAAAGGCAAGUCCAGAAGAAAAGAGUGUGUGGAAGUCGAAAGGGGGUGUCAAAGAUGAGGAUGGCAUAUGGCGAAAAGAAGGUAAAUGCAUUCCAUCUCAGCCACAAUUGAAAAAUCUAAUUUCUGAAGACCAUGGAACAUGCCAUGAAGGUGUGGAUGAAACAUUGAGAUGACUCCACUGCUGGUGGCAUCCUUUUAUGAGACAAAUUGUUAAAGGUGAACUGCAGGACUGCAGCGUGCAAACCUACUGCAAAGUAGGUAUAACAGUAGACCUACAACAAAACCACCGCAGGGAGUACACGAUCCGGACGUGGAUGCUCCUGGUCAGGUGAUUUCAAUGGAUUUUACUGAGGAUUUACUGAUGAUUAAAACAGUGUCAGGUUACCGGUAUUUGCUAGUUAUAGUAGAUUCCUUUUCAGGAUGAUGGCCGGAAGCAUAUCCCUGCAAAUCUGAAACAGCGAGCGUAGUGGUAAAACAUUUGGUUCAUCAUUACAUUCCAACGUACGGGUUCCCUAGGAAAAUUAGAUCAGACAAUGGAACUCAUUUCAAAAACAAACAUCUCCAGGCUGUAGAAAAAACAUUAGGUUUGAAACAUCAUUUUGGUUCUGUGUAUCAUCCACAAUCGCAAGGUCAGGUUGAGCGCAUGAACAGGAACAUGAAGGAAAACAUAGCUAAGGCUUUAGCUUCAUCCACACUCAAUUGGUUGCAAGCUCUUCCAUUGGCAUUGAUGAACAUUCGGAUGUCAUUAAAUUCUUCUAAAGGGUGGACUCCAUUCGAGUGUCAUACUAACAGACCGUUUCCUGCACCCACAACUCCAAAGGCUGUGGGUGACAUUCCAGGCCCACCUGGGCUCAGGCAACUAACCAUUAAUUUCUCCCAUUUAACAGAAAGACUACCAGACGGUUCCCUCGAAAUGAACAUUUGUGAAUCUGUCUGGUUAAAAGUGAUUAAACGACAAUGGUCUGAACCUAGGUGGACAGGUCCCUUUCAAGUUACUGAGCGGACAGCCACUGCUGUACGUCUUGAAGGAAAGGGGGACACGUGGUUCCACAUCUCGUCUACACGACCCGCCAGGUCCGCCUCAGGCUGAGCAAUCCCUCCACCUGACGACAACCGGAAAACCGCGUCUCCAGUGCCGCCUGGCACCCUUUGAUGACAUCAUUCUAUAAGGGUUGAUUUCACGGUACAUGGGCACAAUAAUCCCGGUGAAUCAACCUGGGACCAGGUAGUCUAACCCCAAGGUCCUGAAGAAGCCGAGUGUGCCCCAGCUCGACUCAUCCCAGAGGAAAAGGUCCCAUCUCCGUGAUGUUCAACAUGAGUCCCUCUUCGACACAGACAUUGGCAGGGAUGGCCAUCGUCUGGGUCGUAGCCAUCCUGGUGCGGUCAGGGGUCAUGGUUACGGGAAAUGUUCGAGUUACGUUCGAAUUCAAUGCAUGCAAAUUUUACCCUUGUUCUUGGUGAUUACUGCUGCCAUUGAGAAAAAGGACAUUUAUGUUCCUCCACCCUAUAUGAUGGCUGAAUUGCUUCCUCCUUCCGGCCCGUUCGUUGAACCACAAGCUCCAGACGAUGACGCGGCUGGAACUUUUCUUUCUGUUUAUUUCAGGUGUCGGACUCUUUUGAGUCCGAAAGGGGGAUUUAAGUGUAUUAUCGGUGUGUACCUCUUUUAUUAUUGAUGUGUAUCUCUUUAUUGAUGCGUAUCUUUUGCUCACAUUGCUCACACAUGCCAAAUCAGUUAACCUUACUGGAGAGACCGGGGCAUGGGAAUGUGCCAGUUAUUACCACGUUGGUCAUUAUGAUGAGGAUAGUUUGUGGUGCUCUCAUUUUAUGAUGCGGUUCUCUUUGUGAUGCUGUUUAUUUGUGAUGCUCUUUAUUUUCCUUUAUGUGUUUGUGAUGUGGACCCUGCUGAAUAUUGGGGGAAUGCGGUAGGUCCUCUGAAGCUUUGCACUUCUGAUCUGCUGCAGCCAUUGUCUGUCACUCAUUUGUGCCCAGAAUAUUCUAGGAUAUACAAUUGGCUCCAUCUAUCUCUGGACCUCCCCUUGGUUUCUCUUGGAAAGAUGGUGAUCCUACAUACAUUGAUGCAAUUGGCAUCCCAGUUACUGUUCCUGCCUGCAAUGAAGAAUGCUUUGCUCUGCCUACAUUGAAGAAUGCUUUGCUUCUGCCUGCAAUGAAGAAAUGCUUUGCUCUGGUCCAACUCAGUUACUGUUCCUGCCUGCAAUGAAGAAUGCUUUGCUCUGCUCUAGAUAACGUGGCAGACGCAUAGCGGGAGAUAGCAAGAACAAAAACAUCUAAUCUAAACGAACUGUUAGAACCAGAAGCAGGUGCUGCCUGUUAAAGAAAUGAUGACCACACAUGUACUCAGCAAUC